AUGCGGUCCCCUCUCGAGGCCCCCUUCCCCCCUGUGGGGCCCACCGAGGAGCAGCACAUGCUGCAGCUUAGAGCCUGCACUGAGCGCGAGUUUGAAGAGUCACACACAGCUAUCACCGCAGUUGACGCUAUCAUGGACGAGGGGGUUUUCGAGCACCUAAAGAAAUUCAGCAGCUACAAGUAUUCUGUCUAUCACCAGAGAAAGCAGCAGCAGCAGCAGCAGCUGCAGCAGCAACGUCAGCUGCUGCAGCAGCAACUGCAACACGUACAAAACACCCUAAAACAGAUACAGCAGCAGCAGCAGCAGCAGCAGCAACAGCAGCAACAGCAGCAGCAGCAGCAAGCUGCUGAUACUGCUACUGGAAUAGGGGACAUCGAAGAGCAGCAAACUGAGCAGCAGCAGCAGCAGCAGCAGCAGCAGCAACAGCAGCAGCAGCAGCUGCAGCAGCUGCAAGAGGAACAGCAGCAGCUGCAGCAGCAGCUAAAUGAACUGCAACGGCAGCAGCAAAUGGAGGUCCUGAAUGAGUUCGCGGCAAUCCGACGCAUAAACAACGAGGCCUGUACUCUCCUCGCCAGCAACUAUGAGGGCUACGCAUGGAUGUGCCAGGUAGCAGCAAGAGUAACAGAGCUGCUGCAGCUGCCGGAUGAAGCCGAGGCAGCAGAGGGGCCCCCAGGGGGGGGCCCCGGGGGCCCCCAGGGGCCCCAUGCAGGAGAUAUUGCAGCGCAGCAAAGGCAGCAAGAGCUGCUGCAGGAACAGGAGCAGCUGCUGCUAGACUGCAGCAGCAGCAGCAGCAGCAAAAAACUCGAACUUGCAUCUGCUGAUAGUGUUGUAUCUGAUCGCUGCACUGUGCGAGCUCCUAGCGACGAAAUACAACUCUCACGUCUCAAGUAA